AUGAGCCUGGAGAAAUGUGAAUCUCUACACCGUGCCAUCCGCAUCAACCACUGGUGGUCAGGUCCUCAGGAUGUGCACCCAACCGCAUAUGCCAGCACCGUGGUUCCUCCCCCAGGACUCACCGGUCCUCCUCUUCUGCUGCAAUUGACGUCCACUCAUCCCCCAAUCUUCCGGCCUCAGUCAAGUGGCCCGCCUAGUGGCGACAACCUUCACUUGCCCCCUCCUGCACCUGCUCCUGCAUCUAGAUCAUCACCUGUCAAGCAGCUCGAAUAUGGCCAUACCCUUUCCGACUACAACAUUCAGACCACCCUCGUCUCCCCCCUUGCCAAUGGUGUCGCUCAUCUUCUAGUAAUGCAGCUGAUGCUGACCCCCAUGACCUCCAAACCCCGAUACCGGGUAACCGUUUCCUGGUCUCCCUCCCUGGUGAAAAAUUUCAAUGCUCUGAUCAUGAUUGUUCCAUUUAAAUGGGACGGGAUUGGAGGUUUGAAAGAUUAA